GACGGGGUGGCUGGGCCUCACCAGCAGCACAGAAGUUCAUUGGGGCUGCAGGCUUCCGCGUGGGCUUUAAUGGGGCAGCUACUGACCCGGCUGGUCCCCCUCCUUCUGCUCCUGCUCCCAGGGCAGGGCGCCAAAGCCUGCAGUGCCAGCGGGUGCUGUUUUCAGGACCCGCCGUAUCUGGACGCAGACUCAGGCUCGGCUUCAGGCCCCAGAAACCUGAGCUGCUACCGCAUAUUCAGCGCCGGUUAUGAAUGCUCUUGGCGGUAUGAGGGCCCGGCAACUGGGGUCAGCCACUUCCUGCGGUGUUGCCUCAGGUCCGGGCGCUGCUGCUACUUCGCCGUGGGCUCAGCCACCAAGGCGCAGUUCUCCGACCAGGAUGGCAUACCGGUGCUCCAGCCCGUCAGGCUCUGGGUCCAAUCUCGAGCCGGGAACCGGACCGAGAAGUCACCUGAGGUUACCCUGAAGCUUCACAGCUCAGUUAAAUAUGACCCUCCGCAGCCGGGAGACAUCAAGGUGUCUGGGUCCGCGGGGCAGCUUUUCAUGAAGUGGGAGACCCCAGCCCGCCAGGAUGGCGCCGAGGUCCAGUUCCAGCGCCGGACCCCCGGCAGCCCUUGGAAGUUGGGCCACUGCGGACAUCAGGAAGUUGCUGGCUUCGAGUCGUGCGUCUGCCCCCUGCAGAUGGACGCAGCCCAGGAAUUCCAGCUACGGCGGCGGCGCCUCAGGCCGGGAGCCCCAGAAGACCCCUGGAGCAGCUGGAGCGGCCCCGUGUGUGUCCCCCCUGGACACCUCCCGCUGCCCAGUUGGAAUUUCUCAGUGGGAGCACUUCACCCAGAUGGGAAAAGGAAGGUGACUCUUAAUGGGCAGCUGCCCCAGCUUCCGCUUCCGGAAGGCUGCCUCAGGUCCAGGUCCGGCGGGGAGGUGACCUACCGCGUCCGCCUGCACAUGCUGUCCUGCCCGUGCAAGCCCAAGGCCACGAAGACCUUGCAGCUGAGAAGGUUUAACCUCAGUAUCUCGGGCGGGGCCUAUGACCUGGCUGUUGUCUCCCAGAAUCGCUUCGGCCCCGGCCCCAACCAGACGUGGCACAUCCCUGCCCACGGCCACAGUCACUCAGCAGGGGCUCUGAAUGUCAGUGCCGGAGCCAAUGGGACCACCAUGCGAUGGCCGGCCUGGGCCCAGGACACGACAUACUGCAUCGAGUGGCAGCCCCAGGGCCAGGACAGGAGCCUCACCACCUGCACCCUGACUCCACCCCAGGAUCGGGACCCUGCUGGAAUGGCAACCUACAGCUGGAGCAGAGCGUCCGGGGCGCUGGAGCAGAAGGUGUGUUACCGCAUCACGAUCUUUGCCUCUGCACACCCGGAGAAGCCCAGCUCGUGGUCCACGGUCUUGUCCACCUACCACUUCGGGGGCAAUGUUGCAGCCCUGGGGGCCGGAAGCCCACAACAUGUGCUGGUGAAAAAGCUCGGCCCUGACUCCGUGUCAGUGGAGUGGACGCCCUCCAUGCUAAGCGCUUGCCCCGGUGUCCUGAAGGAAUAUGUCGUGCGCUGUCAGGAUAAGGAUGGCAACCGAGUGUCCGAGCUGUCCGUGAAGCCCACAGAGACCAAGGUCACCCUUGGUGGCCUUCAGGCUGGCGCAACCUAUACCGUGCAGGUUCGAGCAGACACGGCGACGCUGCAGGGUGCCUGGAGCCAACCCCAGCCGUUCAGCUUUGAAGCCCAGGUUUCCCGGUUGUUCGAUUUGUCCGUUCUCCUCGCGUCCCUGGGGAGUUUCGUGAGCAUCCUUCUCCUGGGAGUCCUUGGGUACUUCGGCCUGAACAGGGCUGCGCGGUAUCUGUGCCCGCCCCUGCCCACACCUUGCGCCAGCACUGUGGUCCAGUUCCGCAGCAGCCAGGGGAAGCAGGCUUGGCAGUGGACAAGCUCGGCAGACUUCCCAGAGGAGGUGUUCCAGAAAGAGGCCUUGGUGGUGAACGUGUCCUGGGAAAAAGGUGAGGGAACUGACCUGGACACACCUGGGCAUCUCAAGGAGAAGACACGGCUGCUCCGGGGCACUCCUGAGCUGGCCUUGGACCCAGAGCCGCCCUCGGAGGACAGGAGACAGGUGCAAGGACACGCUGAGGCUCAGACUCUAGAGCCAGGAAGGCAGGAUGGUCUGGAGGGCAGCCCUGCCCCCGUGGCCGGACUCUCACGGCUCUUGGGAGACCUCAUACAGACUCCCACAUUCAGUGGCCCUUCGCGCACGGGCCUGGAGGCCUGAGGGACCCCACGUGAUGUCCCGAAUCCCUAUAACCACCUCGAGAGGUACAUGGCUGUUUUAUUUUACAGAUAUGACCAGUGAGGCUCAGAGAGGGCAAGUGGCUAGCCUGAAGCCACACAGCACUGGUGGGAGGCAAACCUGGGCCAAGUGACCCAGACCCCAUUUCCACCCCCGAGGCUCUGAUGCCACCACCCCUCCUCUCCCCUCCUACUCUGUCUAGCAUGUAUUGCAACAUGUCCUGUGGUGGGAACUCUAGAAAGUGCCAGAAAGUGGAAGCUGCUACCUCCCAUGACACAUGGGGGCAUGGGGGAAGGGACAGAACUUUUCGGUGUUGAAUAGGCUGGAGGGGGCUCCAAGGGGGCUCAUGCUGAUCCUAGGACCCGAGGCUGGACGUCAUGUCCCACGAGCACUUGACGGAGAGUCUGGGCACAGAACUCCUGACAUACUGCGGGGUGUCCAGGCUCUGAGGAUCUAGUCGUGGGGAAACAAGGGGGUGGGGCCCUAACCAUUCCGAGGUGAUGGCCCCUCUUCAGCCUCAGCCUCCUCCCCUGUAGAAUGGGGGUGAUGAUAAUAUCGAACUCGCAGAGCUCUUGCGGGGGGGGGGGGAUACGGCUUAAUAAAUGAGCCUUCUGUUUAAUAAAUGAGACGGAAUUGGAUGAUC